AUGUCCAGCAAUAUCAAGGGACGCGCCAAGCCACGCGGCAACGACGUUGAAUUCUACAGCUAUGCAACUCUCAGGCAGGACAGACGGCACAUGUUAUGGUUCAACAGAUACUACUCCAAAGUCACAAGCAAAGGCAACAUCGUAGGCUGGUACCUCGACCCUGAAGCACACGACCCAUACUGGCAAAACAGAAGGACGAAAUAUGUCCGGAAUCCCAAGCGAAAGACACACCACAUCAGCGAGAAAGUGAAGGAGAAGUACGAGAAACUCAGACUUGGGGUCAUCAGCACAGAUCUCUUCCUAACAGCAGGCGAGCUGAAAUCAUUGAAUGCUAUGUUCGAAGAGAAGCAACCGGAAGCCGCACCAGAAGCACAGAAACCAAGAUUGAACUCGAAGGAACAACUCGACCUGCAGAACAUUCUGAACAACAUCAAGAACCCUGGCGUCUACCGACGCCACCAGAGGAAGAAGACGAAAUUUUGGAGGCUGGACCACUAG